AUGAUGAUGUCCGAUCUUCCACAUGAUUUGGUGGAGGAGAUUCUCUCUAGGCUUCCGUUGAUAUCUUUAAAAGCAAUGCGAUCUACUUGCAAAACCUGGAACGUUCUAUCCAAACAUCGGAGCUUUGCAAAUAAGCACAUCGGCAAUGUAACCGCAUCAGGGAAAAGAGAUUUGAUAAUGAUUAAAGAUUGUAAGGUUUAUUCAAUUGGCGUCAAUCUCCAUGGUAUUCAGAACAACAACAACAUUAUUGAUCUAUCUAUAAAGAAUAAAGGUAUUCUUCACCUAGAAAAUUUAGAUCUAAUAUUCAAGGAAAUAUUCAAUGUCUUUCACUGCAACGGUUUAUUGUUGUUAUACGGAAGCAUCACUGAUGAUAGUAUUAGGCUUGUGGUUUGUAACCCGUAUUGGGGGAAACGUGAAUGGGUCAAACGCAUAAAUAAUUUUGCAAGUUUUGACAAACUUGCUUUCGGAUACGACAAAUCUUGUGGUUGCCACAAAAUCUUAAGGGUUUUCGAUAGUUACCCUAAUAGACUUGAAAUCUACAAUUUGAGGUCUAAUUCACGGAUGGUUUCUAGUUUCCCUCUUAAAUGGGAUAUAGCGUUUAUGCAAGAUGGCGUGUCUUUGAAGGGAAAUACUUACUGGUAUGCUAAAGAUAGAAGAUCAGAAGAUUGUUAUUUAAUAUGCUUUGAUUUUACUAGAGAGAGAUUCGGACCGCGUCUGCCUCUACCUCAACCCUUCAUCGAUGAAUUUUUGGGGAGUCUAUAUGUGGUAAGAGAAGAGAAGCUUGCGGUGUUAGUAAAGCGGUGGCGGGGUGGCAAAUCUGAGAUCGAUAUUUGGGUUACGAACAAGAUUGAGCCCGAUGAAGUCUCGUGGAGCAAGUUCUUAAAAGUUGAUAACACACCAAGAUUUUUUCUGACUGAGGGAUACUUGAUUUAUGAUGAAGAGAAAGUCGUAGUGUUUUUUAAUAAAGAGGAGACAGAGGGGCUCAAAUCCACUGUCCACAUAGCUUACAUCGUUGGAGAGAAUGGUUAUUUCAGAAGAGCGGAUCUCCGUGAACCUCUAUAUCAACCACUUUGCCGUCUUGUGUGCUCUUAUGUACCAAGUUCUGUGAAGUAG